AUGGCGAUGCCGGGGGACCCUGCAGCUCAUCCCAAAGAGACCUUGGCGGUGGAUUUAGUGACAUGUGCCAUGAACGACGAGCUAUCUCACCUGUCCACUCACGGAGUGGUGGCAUGGCUUGGUCGACACCGUCCGAUGGUCGACACCAAGAUCAUAAAGAAGGCCAUCUGCUAUACGCUCGCAGUCCGAUCGCUCGAUGUCUCGGUCACGAAGCACUACCCUGUGGACUUCUUCAUCGACUUCAAGCACUACCACCACCGCGAUGAAGCUGUGGCACUAGAGAAACUCCCCUAUGGCAACCUCAACAUCCACAUUAAUCCAUGGCAGCUCCUCACGCAUGGCGACAACUGCAACUUCAGUACCACAUCCGCUAUGCUUGGAAAGAAUUCCCUAACACGCCUAGAACUAGUGUAUUGCGAAGCGACCAGCAGAGGCCAACGCGGUCUCACCAUCAGGGUCCUUGUACACCUCGAUCUCGUGGAAGACCCACCCAACAGAGAUGGAUGCAUCGUCCCCUACGACUACACAUGGCACUAUGACACCAUCGAUAGAGAACUGGUGCCACUUGAUUGCCACGACCCGCCGGCACCGACAACGCACAAUGGCUGCCACGACAAUGAUGAUGACGACGAUAAUAGCCUAGAUGCCAUGAUCACUAGGGCGACAACUAGACCGCAUGACAUCCCUAGGCUACCAGUUAGCAUUCCCUUCCAGUUAUCUGUUGUCAGAACAAUUGGUAUCGCGAGCUUGGUUGAAUCGGGAAAUUUUUUUCCGAUUUCGCUGGCGCCGAAGAAGAAGCCUAAGUAUCAGAUCGAGAUGACCGCCACGGUGGAUUCGAUGAAGGAGACCAUGGAGGCCAUGGUGAAACAGUUCUCCGGCUUCCAGGAGAUGAUGGCGACAUCCCUCGAUAAGUUGAGUGCGCCUGAGGCUUGGCGCACCACGGCGGAGGAGUCCAUGGGUACGCUGCUUCAGCGCACCACGGAGACAACAACACGGAUGGAGGAGACGGCGGCGCGCGUCAAGAGCUUGGAGUUUCGACCUCCUCCACCGCCCCCGCCUCCACCUCCGAUCCAGUGGCAGCAUCCUCAUCCGCCUCCACCGCUGCAUCCAUCGGCGACGGGGAUCGACCUCAACGUCGCGCCAGGGGCUUCGUCCAGUACGACGCCACCUUGCGUAGACUCGCCCAUGGGGCCCGGCGCACGGCGGAGGGGUGCUCGGACACCCUCCGCCUCACAUCGUCCACGUCCUUUGACUCUCAGAGCAGCUGAUGGUGGGUUAAUGCUCAGUGAUCAAAAGGUGUCUCAACUGAAUUGGUUUAUCCAAGGCCACAAAUUUACAUCUGAAGCUCAAGUGUUACCUUUGAGAUGUUAUGAUCUAAUUGUUGGAGAAGACUGGUUGGAAGCAUGUAGUCCCAUGUGGGUGGACUAUAAAAUGAAGAAGAUGAAAUUCAGCUAUGCAGGUAAGGUGAUUGAGUUGCAGGGAGUGAAGGAUGACAAUACUACUUGUACACCUAUCAGUGCUGACAAGUUGAAGGGAUUGUUGAGACAUGGGGCUGUUUCCCAUUGCAUACAGAUGAUUACCAUUGAUAAUAACAUUCUACAACCAACACCUGAUCAGACUCAGUCUACAACAUCACAGGAAUUGCCUACAGAGAUAUCUCAGUUACUCAGUCAGAGUUUGCAGCACCUCACUGAUCAAAGGGUCACAACUAAAUUGCAGCAGAAAGCACUAAUGAAGCUUAUGGAUUUGCAAUUCAUUAUCCAGUACAAGAAAGGCAUUACCAAUGCAGCAGCUGAUGCUCUAUCAAGAUACACUAACAAUGGUGAAGCAUGUGCCAUUUCAGAAUGUGUCCCUACUUGGGUCACAAGGCUUCAGGAAGGAUACUCAGAUGAUCCUGUAGCCCAGCAAUUGCUUACUGAACUGGCAGUAUCUUCUGAAAACAAUAAGGAUUAUUCACUAAAAGCCCAGGCAUCCAGUGGGUGUGGGAAGGAUUACCAAAAGACAUGGCGACCUGGGAAGAUGAGGUUGAUGUGA